AUUAGUCAUUCACUGUUUAGGGUUUAUCUGCUCACCAUGUCCGCUUAAGCACACUGAAACAAGAGCUGUGAUGGCGGAUGCCCGACAGAUGAAGCUGGACUUCACCCUGACAGAGCUCUCUCUCUCGGGUCACUCUGAGGAUGUUCCCGGCAGCUCGGCCACACUGGAGCUACACGACAAGAAGCUGGUGUGUGUGGAGUAUCCGGCGGUGGUCAACAAUGUCGACAAGAUGCUGGAGACCCUCGGUGGUGAACGAGCAGUGUCCAAAACCUUCGCUCAUCCCAACCGGCGGCUUGAGCUGCGUUACCGACCUCAGGAUCCUUUCUGUCACUCUCUGUGUGGAAACCGGUUCCCAUCCAGCAACCUCCUCCUCAGGGUGCGACGGCGGGUGAGAAAAAGCGACCCCAGCGACGUUGAGAUCCAAAUGGAUGUACUCGGAGUCAUAGGAACAACGUACAAAUUUCAAGGGCUGGCAGACUUUCAGUGCCUCGCCGUGCAUUCAGAAAACGGAAAAGACACAUCUCUAUACGACAAAAUCAUCCUCCGCAAAUCAGAGAAUCAAGAGUUCUUUGAGAAGCCUAUGCCUUACUUCCUUCCCCCGGCCAUCUUCUCACGUCUCGACACUCCCGUGGAUUAUUUCUACCGACCUGACAUCCAUCAAAAGUCAAUAAGCCAGGCGCCCCUUAACAAGAACUUCAUUGGAUUGAAUCGCGCCCGUCGACCCCACAACGCCAUUUUUGUCAGCUUCAAUGAACCCACCGUGCCAGCAGAGUGCCUGGAGGCGGCUAAGGUCAACUGGACACGGGUCUGCCUGAAGGAGCGGGACAAACAGGCAGAAGAACAACUGAAAACAAUGUUUGAGAGCCGGCCCAUCUGGUCACGGAAUGGCGUCAAGGCCAACAUCAACAUCCACCCUGAUAAACUGAAGCUGCUGCUGCCUGUUUUCGCCUACUACAUGGUGACAGGGCCGUGGAGAAGUCUGUGGGUGAGGCUGGGUUAUGACCCACGAAAGAGCGCAGACUCCAAGAAAUACCAGAUGCUGGACUUUAGGAUCCGCUGCAGCACCAAGCAUGGGUAUUCACUAUCUGACAUGCCAGUGAAAGCCAAGAGGAGUGCCCUCAACUACAGUCUGCCAAUCACAUUUAACAAAGCUGGUCCUCAGCCAGCUAGUGUGAUGGAACUUCCAGCUCAGGAGGGUCCGAGCACCAGUCGAGAUCCAAUCCAAGUCACAUAUCGGCUGAAGGAGUCAUCCUACAUUUUCAGAGAGGGCAUGCUGCCUCCUCACAGACAGAUGUUUUACCAGCUCUGUGAUCUGGAAGUAGAAAGUGUCCGACAUGUGAUUGAAGAGAACAACGGUAAAGAGGAGGUGUGUGACGAGCGAGACGGCUGGUGUGUUCUAGGCACCACCGACAAGCUAAGGGACAUAAUCUCAGCCAUGAUCAAGAAGGUCAUCCGAACACAGAAACCACCAUUACCGGAACUCCCCAAGAGGCGCAGACGCACAGCACUAGCUUCCAAAUUCUCGGAGAGAGAUAUGGAUGCUGACGAGGAGGAAGACGAGAGCAAGGAAGAUGAAGAGGAAGACGAAGAUGAUGAAUUUCAGCCAUCAGAGGGAAGUGAAAAUGAGAUGGAGACAGAAAUUCUUGAUUACAUCUGACAAAAGGCCUUUUUUUUCUUUC